AUGAAAGAACGGUCAAUCCUUGUGUUCCUGAACGCGAUUUCUCGCUCCAUAGGUGAUGCCAGUACAUUCAAAGAUUAUAGCCUCAAGGAUGCUGAUCCUGAAAUGCACGCACUGAUUGAAAAGGAGAAACAGCGCCAGUCGAGAUGCCUAGAGCUAAUUGCUUCUGAGAACUUCACAUCACGGGCUGUGAUGGAAGCUGUCGGUUCUUGUCUCACGAACAAGUAUUCUGAAGGACUGCCCGGCAAAAGGUCAGUUCUGCGAGGUUGGACACAUCUUAGUUGACUUUUGUUAUCGUCCUCUCGAUUCGGUAACUUACUGAGGCAUUUGCUGUUAUGCCUAGGUAUUACGGCGGGAAUGAGUACAUCGAUCAGAUCGAGACUCUGUGUCAGAGAAGAGCCUUGAAGGCAUUCGGCUUAGACGAGGAGAAGUGGGGAGUCAACGUUCAACCUUUAUCCGGCUCCCCUGCUAAUUUCGAAGUCUACACUGCCCUCCUCCAGCCACAUGACAGAAUAAUGGUAUAUACUUUUGUCUCUCUCUCCUUCUCUCUGCAACUACGUGUGUAUUCCCCCCCUUGAAAGCUGCUAUUUAGUCUUUGUUUCCUGUACAGGAACCUCUGCACUGAUGAAUGAUUAACUGGCUUACGCAUCUGUACGCAGGGUCUGGAUCUGCCACAUGGUGGACACUUAUCUCAUGGUUUUAUGACUCCGAAGCGAAGGGUUUCAGGGACAUCAAUUUAUUUUGAGUCUAUGCCUUAUCGUCUCGAUGAAUCAACAGGUAAUCCUUACUUUUAUAAGGCAAAAAUAGCAGCUUAUGAUUCGCUGUUUUCCUCCAUUUCAUGGCUGAGGACCCUCAUUAUCCGUCUCCAAUCAGGUUUUGUUGACUACGAUAUGCUGGAGAAGACAGCUGUCCUCUUUCGACCCAAACUAAUAAUUGCGGGUGCAAGUGCAUACCCUCGGGAUUUUGAUUACCCUCGAAUGAGGAAGGUUUUUUUUUUUCUCUCUCAUCCUAAAUAUCAGCCAAAAUUUUGUUCCUUUUUGUUCCCCAAAUUAUUAUUUAGAUCUAACACUGUUGGGCCAUACUACUUUGGAAGAUUUCGGAUGCUGUUGGUGCGUUUCUUAUGAUGGAUAUGGCUCACAUCAGUGGACUAGUUGCUGCGGGGGUGGUUGCAGAUCCCUUUGAAUUUUGUGAUGUUGUCACCACAACCACUCAUAAGGUAUCACGAUAAGAAACCUCCGUAUUCUUUUGUAUGUCUGGGCUGAGUACACUUGUGGUUCAUAUUAGAGCAAUUUAUAAUGCUUAGACUUUAGUAAUGCAUGAAAUUUGUGAGAACUUCACUUUUACAUUGUAAUAAUAUUGUGAUUCCGGAAGCCAAUGCGAUUGUUUUUGGAAGUCUCGUUAGAACUAGUCCCUUACGGGCACUUAAAACAGAGGUCUGUCUGCACUCUCAGGGUCCAGCCUUACAUCUCCUCUAUUGUUUUCCCUCGUUGGCGCGUUGUAAAAACAAUUUAUUGAAUCUGUUUGUCGGCCUUAUCACCUAGGUACUCUGGUCACUUGCUGCUGCAGCUGAUGAUUAUGUCCUCACUUGCUGUUGCUUUAGUUGAUGCUCUAAUUUUCCGCUGUACGUACUGUGCCCUAGAAAGAUCCAUAUCAUGUGAUGAUCUGUGUAAAUUGAACUUAACAAGUUCAACACCAAUAAGCUGUGGGUCUCGACCAGAGUUCUCCACCUGCUUGCGUAUCUGGACAUAAUACAUAUUCUGUGGACAUGAUGAAGGUGCUAAACAAUUGCGUCAGUUUAUUUUGUGAUGGAAGAUGAGUCUGUUGAGAAUUACGCAUCCUAUUGAAGUCGUUUAGAAGUGUGACUCCCCCGUGGUCCAUCCUAGAGGAGUCGAAAUGGAUUAAAUUGACGGGAGCUGUGCCUCUGUUCUCAACUACAGAGCAUGUUAUAUUAUCGCCACCAAGGUAUGCUUUGUCAUGAUCAUCAAGGAAUAGUUAAAUAGUAAAUGUUUAGGAUGCAAAAACAGGUCUUAUUGGAAGGAUGCUGAGAGAUAAAUAGGCUGAUAUCGAGUCGAGGCGUUAGGUAUAUCAAAAUUUACAAGUGAACUGAAGGCUUGUGCCCACCUAACAUUUUGAUAUAAUUCAUCCACGAGAUUCAAUAUUUUUUUUUGCCUGGUAGUUGCAUUGUUUUUGAAAGUGGAUGUGGUUCCCCCACAGUAAGAAAGUUCAUUAUUUGAGAACAUAUCUCCUUGCUGUAACAUUUUCUCCUACCUCUUUUAAUGAAUGGUUUUUUGAAGCAUAGAAUUAGGAAGUAUUUCAUCUCUCAUCGCAGCAUUCUUCAUAAACCUCUAAUUUCAAACGUGCAGUCUCUUCGAGGUCCCAGAGGUGGCAUGAUCUUUUACAGGAAGGAUCCAGUUCUGGGCAUUAACCUGGAAGGCGCCAUUAAUAAUGCUGUUUUCCCAGGUUUACAGGUACUGGGUACGAUAUUUAUUGCCAGGUUUAUCAUUUGGAUCAUCUGAAUCUAGCAGUAUUCUUCUAAUCCGAUUGAGAUUCAUUUAUUCAAUAG